AUGGAGACCGCCGGCCGCGCUUCACCGCCGGUUGCUAGGAGACGCGAGAGCUCGGAAGCAAGCGGCAGUGCUUCCAGUGGCUUCAAAGAUGUCUUUGAAGAAUCGGGAUCACUUUCCCAAGAGCUGCCUCACCACCUUGCAAAAGACGGGAAGAAAUCCGCUUCACCCUCCCAGUCAAAAAAGACGAGCCCCAGGAGAGAGAAGACUGGUCACAAAAAACCGACGCGGGGUGAAAUUAUGCUUUCAAAGAGCAUGAUAAACAUCAAAAUCCUGCAGCGGCUUUCCAAGGCCAAGAAGAACUCCUUGGAGGAAAUGAAGCGCCAUUCCCACUUCCUUUUGGAGAAGAACCGGUGGCUGAUGGAGGACAUCCGGGAGAAGGAUGCCAACAUGGCUCGGUGUGCCAGGGACCUCCUCCAGCAGUACGACAUGUUUGGGACGGUCAUCACAACCCUUCAGGACUCCAGCCAGAACCAAGUUGGCGUGGCAAAAGUGGAGCUCCAAGAGGCAGAGAAGAUGGUGGAGAAGAACAUGGGAAUAUUGGAGCAGGAUCUGAGCCACAUGAACGCCAAAGUCCGCACUCUCCAGGAGGAGCUCAAUGUCCUGCGGACGUACAUGGACAAGGAGUACCCAGUGAAAUCCGUCAAGAUCGCCUCGCUACGGCGCAGCAUCCAGAGCCUGAGCGAAGAGCAGCAGGAUGAGCUGGAGGAGGCUGAGGAGAUCGCCAAGAAUUUCUUAGAGACGAUUGUCGAGAAGGCCGAGGAGGAAACGGAGCGCAUCUUACAGGCUGUUGUACAGGAGAAGGUGGCGGAGUAUCAAGCUGGCCUCCAGCAGAUGGCAAAGAACAACCAUGAACUGCAGCGACAGGUCCAGAUGCAAAAGCAGAUCAUUGUCGAUCUGGGGAAAGAAAUCAACUUGUUGCAGAAGGACACUGCAGCGCUUCGCGAGUAUGUUCGGCACCCUCGAGACAUAAUCUUUGAAGACGUCCUGCUCCAGAGACCCAUAUGCACCCCCAAUAUGGAGGUCAUUCUCAACAUCCCCACAGAGGAGUAUCUUCCCCUGUAG